AAGCAAAAGAGAAUAAGAAAAGAAAAAAAAGGAUAAUGUUGCACUCCUAAAACUUUAAAAGGACGUUUGAGUAAUUGGAGUGUGCAUUGCGCAAGUCACACGCAUCCGACACGUCGGUGUGCGCGUGUCACGUACGUGAAAUCCUUCACUCGUAGCCGCACGCGUAGUAAUUGCGCGCAUUAACACGACACGCGGCCGCAGCCACACCAGCGAGGUGGUGAUUGUCCAGGUGAGUCCCGUUUCCCAUUGUUGCACCACGCGAUAAGAGAGGUGAGUGCUCUCUCUCUCUUGGAGAAGAGAGACGCGAACGCGGUGCGCACAUUUCUGACCCUCGACGCAACGAAAUCGUGCCGUCGGUGGUGACCUGGCGUCGCGACUCGUUCUAUCAGCGAUCCUUCUGGUUCAAGAGGAGGCGGCGGCUAGAGUAAAAAAUCGCGUACAUCUCACGAGAGGAUAUGCCGGACAGCGGGGCCGUCUACCAACCGACCACCGUCGGCUACACGUACGACAGCGGUGGCGACGGCAGCGGUGGUGGUGGCGGCGGCGGCGGCGCCGCCGGGCUGAGGCACGGUUUCUGGCGCAUCGUAUCCAGGCACAAGCUCAAUUCCAGGAAAUGGUUGGAGUGGACGCUGCUGUCGGUCGCACUAUGCUUCUUCGUCGCCGGCCUCACGACCAUGCUCGUCAACCUCGUCUCCGCAGAGGAGUCUUUGAAGACGAAUGACGGUGCUGCAUCGGAGAUAAAGCCAGAAGGAUAUUCAACGACGGUUCCAGAUGUACAGCAACAUGAAAAUACAGGAAAGAGUUCUGUGGCGUUAGGUGCUGGGAUAAUGCUGAUCGGUGUAUUGCUUGGUUUUGUUUGGACAUGGCUUACUUUUUUCCAUCAUAGCAAAUCACCAAGGAACGGCAUGACGAGUAGCAGUGGUCAGUACGGGCCAGUACUCACAGAGGUGCCAAGCCAGCUGAAGAUAAAGCAAGCCAACUCGCAUGACAUGCCGGCCAUACCGCUUUCCGACCAAGAGGAGGAAAUGCACACGCUAAUGCAGGACCCUGCGAGCCCGCCGUCGGUUUCCGUUGGAUCUAACACCAUCACUAAUCAAAUUCCAGGUUGAGUAAAACGAUUGCUCCCAUGUGCGUACAAGCGCGUAUAUAACAUGGACAUAGAAUUUCGUUUUAUAAAUUUUCUAACACGCUCCAAGAGAUUUAUUAUCACUGCGUGACGAUUUUGCAAGUCCUCUGUUUCGUUUAAAACUCGAAAGAACUGUCGUCCCUUCUGAUUUUCAAGUCGUGGCGUUCAGCUCCGGUCUACAAUAGGUAACCCCUUUAGCAUUUUGCUCUAAGCUCUGAGCUGCGAUGUUAAUUUGCUCUAAGCUCUAUUUAAAGCUUAGAGAUUAAAACAGUGUCGGGUACACUUUUUGCCGUGAAAAAGCGUUAUGAUUUAUAACUUAGAACAAAAAGGCUUAUUACUAUCUAUUAUAAACUGGGACUUAUAUUGUCAUUUGACGUUGAUCUUGUGAUUAAAAAAAUUUUAUUUUAUUUAAAAAAGCU